AUGAAAAAGCGGAAUUUUCGUUCCAGCAAAUCAAGUUCAUGUGAUGUUGAAAAGCAUAGCGUCUAUCGUCUUCGCGCACAUGUUCCUUGUCGUUGUAUUUCUAAUCGAAGUUGUUCAUUAUCACUGUCAAGAGUUUCAGUUGCUGAUAUUGGUAAAACAACUUCUGCUGAUCAAAGUAGUGUUGAUUCUAGAAUCUUAGAAAAAUAUGGUACACAAGUAAACGACGAUAAUGAUGAAGAAGGAAGAAAUGAUGUUGAUGAGGAUGACUGUUCGUCUUCCACGUCUUCAGGGACCAGAAAAUUGGUCAUCGAUGAGUCAUAUGAAGAUGAACAAUUAGAAAAUGAACAUGAAAAAGAAAUCGAAAAAGCUUUUGAAGUUACCUGUCAUCGACUUAAGGAAAAAAGUAAUUGUGAACAGUCGUCACCAUCGUCAAGUGCUAUGCGGGUAACAAUAUCAAAAAAGAACCGCGUUGCAUCAAAUUUAUCAAACAAUUCAGGUGAUGAAGCUGAAAAUUUACUGAGCACAGGCAUUAAUAGAAGUAUUUGCUCAAAAACAUCAUCAUCAUCACGUCGACAAAAAAAAUCUUUUAGUACGUUUAUAUACAAAAAACUUCAACAUGUUCUACGUCAAAACAUACAACUAAGAAAGAAAAUAAAAUAUUACAAAAAACAUUGGAUGCGAAAACCAACUGGAGAUAUUGCAGCUUAUUUAAAUGAACUGGGCACGACAUUAUCGAACAAUGUGCAUUCAAAACAACAACAAAAAAAGAAAAAAAUGGAAAACACAAAGAAAAAAAACAAAAUAAAAUCUGUAGCACGUGUAUUAAAUUUGACUCCAGAUGAGUUAUAUUUUUUAAAACAUCCAAAAGACAUCACCAAAACAUGUCGCGCCCUGAUCAAACUUAUCUACCCGGAUCCAUCUCAACGUGCUACAAUGCUAAUUACAAAAAUACCAAUUAACAAACUUCGAGCUAUACACAGUAAAAAACAACAUCAAAAUAAUAUUAUACUAUUCUUUCUUACUAUUCUAGAGUAUGUUAGAUUUGUGCAUCGGCAACCCAAUGUAAAAACACGUUUAUUAAACAACGCGAUUGGAAAUGUGUUUUCAGCAGCUAAAUAUCAACAAAAAAACUUACAUCAGUACCACCAUAAUUAUACAUAAAACAUAUUAAAAUUCUUUAUUAUCAUAUACCUGUUGGCAUGUACAUAUAUACAAAUGUUCAUAUAUAGACAUCACCAUUGUUUUUUUUCCACUAAGUCUCAUAUUAAAAAAUAUGCAUUUCUUUUUGUACUUUUUCACAUAUGUUUCUCAUUAACGUAUAUUUCCUAUUAUAAUUUAUGAACAUAAAUAUUGCUCUUUUUAUAACUCUAUACAUAUACAUAUUCAAGUUUUUUUUUCUCUUCCUUCUAACGUGUAUACACAUACACAUCUUUUGUUACAUGCAUUAUUAAUGCAGCCAUAUGAAAUAAAAUCGAAAUAGUAUAACAACGAGCAAUUCCUACGUAAUAAAUAUUUCCAAUACAUACCCGAGUGAGAG